AUGGAGAAAACGAUACUGAAUUGGUCAGAUAUCAAUAGCGAUCUUUUAACUGAAAUCGCUGAUCGAAUAAAAUGCCUGCGAGAUUUUAUCAUCUUCGGCGCGGUAUGCAAGUCAUGGCGAUCAGUUGCUACGCCCGAGAUAUUCAACAAAUCGACCAAAGUUCCGUGGCUUUUGCUCGAUCAAGAUAAAUAUUACGGUCACAGCCCCCGUAAGUUUUUAAACCUUUCGAAAGAUGUCAUUUAUACUAUCAACUUAGGAACCCCUCGUAAAGUUCGAUUAUCAAUCACUGAUUGGAAAUUUCUUUUAGUAUCUUUUAUCAAAGAAAAUAAAUAUUUCAUGUGUUCAAAAGGAUGGUAUUUGAUAGUCGAGAACCAAACACAAUUAAGUCUUUUGAAUCCUUUUUCGCUUUCUAGAAUCGAUCUGCCACAUCCUUUCCCUUUCUCGAAAGACUAUGGGAUUAAUGAAGUCAUCCAACCUGUUAUCAUGAAUUUUGCCUUAUCCUCCAGUCCGAAUUCCUCAUCAGAUUUUACAAUCAUGAUUAUCUACCGUAUAAAUCCAACGCGCACGGCAGAAUUAGCGUUUUGGAAAAAUGGAGAUCGCAAAUGGACGGAUAUUGACCUGAUAUUUUCUACAUAUUUUGUGGAUAUGACAUACCACAACGGUCAAUACUAUGCUGCUCAUCCGAGUGCUCAACAUAUGGGCUUUCCAAACAGAUAUGUUGUUCAUGAAAUCGACAUUCGAAACUCUGCAUCUGUUUCAAUACGUACCAAGUCAUUUACGAUUUCCUCUAGGAAACAAUUCCGCCAAAUUCCAUUUUGGAUAGUUGGAUCUUCUCGAGUGCUGAUGAUGGUCGCUUUAAGCUCAGAGUUAUAUUGGGAGUGCGACCCUUGUUAUUCUAACGAGCCAAUUAACUAUCAGCAGACUUUUAUAGUUGAAGAGGUUGAUUUUGAGAACGGAGAAAGUAAAGAGAUGAGUAAUUUUGGAGAUGAAGCUUUAUUUUUGGGAUUUAAGUCUUCCUACUUUGCUGAUGUAUCUAAAGAAUCGAGAUUUAAGCCGAAUCACAUAUACUUUGCUGAUAACUUUAAAAAGUCGUUUUGGUGGCACAAAGGAGGUGUUGGUGUUUACAGCAUGAUUGAUGGAUCAUCUACGCGGCUUUUCAGUGAGUCAGACUCUGGUUACGGUUGUUCUAGUCAAUGGAUCGAACCGAGACCUUGA